AACAGACUGUGUACAUGCACAACAUAACAGCUCUGCUGUUGAUUCUAAACCUUUAAGUGCUGCAGGAACACGAGAAGGAUUAAAAGACAAGAAUCGCUAUAAUAAGGUGUGAUUAAGUAGUUUCAUAGGAAACUAUUUGGGUUAUCUGGAAAAAAAAAAAGCAUGAAUUGUUGCAUCAUGAAAUAAAAAAGUACAUUACCAUCUGUAUAACAUACUGGAAAGCAAUGCAAAAAUCUUGCAAUAAAGUUGACCAGUGUAAAGCUGAAAAUGUUCUUUUUUUUUUAAUAAACUGCCAAUAUCUGCCGCUAGCAUGGCUCAAAACUAAAGAAUAAAUGAUGAGAACCUUAUCUAAAGAGAUAAUUCUUCAGGCUAACACCAUUGAGGUUAUUAGUUGGUUUUGCACCCUUUCAGUUUCAUUUGAUGCCAGCCGUGUUGGUCAUUGCCACUGGGCUGACUGCGGUGUUGGCAGGAAACGGAAAGAGCGGCACCGCUGCAUGUAAAAGGAAGGUGAUGAGACUUGCUAUGGAAACGCUGACCAAUAAACAACACCAUCUGCGGCCACCAUACCAACCUGCAUGUACACGAGAUACACCAGACAGUGAAACCCCUCAGUCUCUCUCAUUUAUAUCUUCUGCACGUUACCAUCGCUGACUGAUGGAGUGUUUGCAUUUCUUCCUGAGCUGCGAGAUUAAAAUGUGUAACAUUGAUGAUCAUAGAGUGGUAGUGAAGCAUUUCACACUUUAGAGUUCAUGCAGUGUGUUCUCACUGUUCACAGGGCUGGGUUAACCACAUGCCGGCCUGGAGGGGAGGGGAGGGCGCAGAUCAAACAUGAGCUCAACAGUUUCAGAUGAAAUUUGAAAGUUUAUUAAAAGCCUGCAAGAGACAGAAGAGCGCGGCAGCCGUACGACAGUUAGCUGAGUUUUGAAAAACAUUCUGCACGUUACGCCGGUAAACUUCUUGAGGAUGUACGUUUGAGGAGCAUGUGAACUUCCUAUUUUGAGCUCUUGAGCAACAUCUUGCAGAAAGGAAGAGUUCAAGAAGAUUGCAACAUGCGGAGAAAUGUGCCAACAGCGUAGAGGAGAGAAGAUACACGAGGCAGCCCGACACAUGGCGGUUCACAGUUCAGUCAACGGGACGACGGCCAUCCCGUGGAGGGGCAGCAGGAGGAGGCUGUCGCUGCUGGAGCAGCUGAGGGUCUGCCGGGAGGCCUGGUGCCCCAGGGCCCCCUGGGAUAGAGAGGGGGCCCACGCCGCUAUCUGUGGAACACCUGCCGGGAGUUUCCUGGUUGUGCAGAACUCUGAGACGUCUCAGCCCGGCCUGCUGUGUGUGUCUGCUGGAGGAGAGAAUGGAGCAGUUGUUGAUUAUAAUAUCAAAAGCACAGGCACAGUCUUCCAGCUGUCUGAGUCUCGUCUGUCUUUCUCUGACUUGGCUCAGCUCGUGCUCUUCUACUGUCUGACCAGGGAUGUGUUGUCUGUCUGUCUUUCCAUUCCUCACUGGAUCUACAGUGUAACCGAGCAGACCAAAGAUUGUCUCUCUGAACUUGAACCCAAUACUUGGCUCUGCACGUCGACUGACCAGCACACUGAUGAAAUGACCCAGCGGGAGCCAAGCAACGUAAUGUGCUCCAUACAGCUGACUUCCACCAACGGGGCCCUGUGCAUCAUCAAUCCCCUCUACCUUCAUGAACACGGAGAUGAUUGGCUGACCCAUCGAGCCACGCAGCCAUCAAAGUACAGGCGAGAGCGACGCCUCAGCUCCACCAGAACAUGGGCGGGGUCCGGGUUACAGAGCCAACGAGCCAUCUCGUUGGAUCAGGAGUCCUCCGCUGCCAGUAUGCAGAGUUCUGGUCUUAUCAGAGCCAUGUCUGCUGAUUCACCAAAUUGCCCACCAACCCCGUCAACCCCAGCUGUUCCAGAAGGGGUGAUUCUCAGGAGGCCCAGCAGAGAUUUGGCCUCCAGCCCUCUCCACAGAGCGAGCACGGGGAGCCUUCCUCCGUCUACUCCCUCCACCCCUGGAAGUUCAAAUACAAUAUUUGAGCUGCAGGACCAUGGCAGCCCGGUGCCUCAGUCUCCUCACAGGGUGUCCUGGAUUGAGGAUGGAUUUUGGCUGCCUCCGCCCAGGCCUUCCUCUUUGCUCCACCCCCCGUCGCUGGAGCUCGACUCGCUGUCGGUCAGCAGCAUGGAGGAGGAGCAGGAGUCCCAAGUGUCAAGCCCCACCGUGCACCACCCGUCCGCGCAUCGGUUGGCCGAGAAGGUCAUCCAUCGUCUCUCGGCAGUGGGCCAGGCUCUCGGCGGGCUGGUGAGUCAGAAGAAGAGACUAACCAAUCGCGUGCAGGAGCUGAGCGAGCGGAAAGGUGCGGCGUUUGCGGAGGCGGUGAAAGGGUUCGUGGAGAUGACGCUGAAGAGAGGGGCCGAUCCCGGCGGGCUCACAGGGUCAGAAUUCUUACAGGAAGUGAGGUCAUCGCUCACGUCCCUGAAGGAGACACUGUUGGACUACCAAGAAAUCCAGGCGUUGUUGGACAGCAUCACUGACAUGAAUGACUUAGAGACCGACUCUCUGCUCGAGCUCACCCUCCACAGGGUGGCUCUGAAGCCCGUCUCCGAACACCUCUACUCCUGCAUUUAUAUCUCCCGGACUGAUGACGGCAGCUUCGAGCGUCUCCACAGCAACAUGCUUGUGCUGGAAAAGAACAGCGUGGAGGAUCUCGGGGGGUCGGCGGGAGUUGGAGUUCCCGACGCUGUCAGCCUGGAGCGGAUCCAGCAGAGGUGGACUAGUAUGCAUGACGCCUACUCCCCAAACAAGAAGGUCCACAUCCUUCUCAAAGUCUGCAAGAGCAUCUAUCACAGCAUGAGUGCUAAUGCUAGCUCAGGUACAGCGUUUGGAGCGGAUGACUUCCUGCCCUGCCUCACAUGGGUGCUGCUCCGUAGUGACGUGGUUACCUUACACCUGGACACAGACUACAUGAUGGAACUGCUGGACCCCACACAGCUGCAGGGAGAAGGUGGCUACUACCUUACAACCCUAUACGCCUCUCUUUACUACAUCAGCAGCUUCCGGCCACGGCUGGCCGCCCGUCAGCUGAGUGUCGAAGCCCAACACUCUCUGAACCAAUGGCAUCGCAGGCGAACGCUGCACUGCAACCAGUCGCGACGCAGCAGGAACCGACGGACCAUUCGCAGGCAGGCGGGCCGGGACAAGCCAGCGCAGAACUCCGAGACAGACGCCGAGAGUAAAGAAAAGGAAAGUGGGAAAGAAAAUGAUUCUGUUAACAGUGAGGAGCCACAGCAGCAGAAGGAAAGCACCGCUGGGGCUCUGCAGCUGCUGAAGGAGGAGAUGAGCACAGGGCGAGGAGCUGAGGACGAAUCACAGGUGUCCUCCCCGGCAUCAGACUGUAAUCAGCGAGACGUGAUGAGGAGCAAACAGAUAGACAGACAGACUCUUCUCUGGAGACCAAAGAAAGCUUUUUAAUAAUGUCAUUAACACUCUGGUGUCGGUUGAUUAUGAAAUUAUGGUCGGGAGUCCUUCGAGGAUCCUUCUUAAGAUAAAUCUGAAGGAUUAGUUUAAAGGGAAAAGGAGAUUUUAGAGAGUUAACUUAAGCUUCCUUUUUCUUACAAAGUACUUAAUAUAUUUUACCUCUUCAGGAGUCUGACAAUCUUUCAGAUGGAGAAUUCAUAGAUGCAAAAAUCCCUGUCACACUGCCCAUAACUUGGGACAAAGGGGUCAUAAGUGCACACUGCUUCAUCAGGUUAGGAAGCACCGGCCUUGAAGUCAUAGUUUUAUUGUGAAGAAGAGAAGAGUUCAUAUAAAAGUAUUAUUAAUAUAUUCAUUUGGGAACAAACGAUUUUUUUGAAUAUGCUUUACUGAAACUAAUGUCAUUUUUGAUUUGUAAAUAUUAACAUGAAAGCAACAAAUGUGCAAAGAAGAGUGCAUUAAUGAAACCGAUCAAGUUUUGGUUCUCUCUUAGUACCAUUUACAGCAGCAACUCUUCAUGUGUUAUUAUUAUUGCAGGUCAUUUAACAGCACUUUUAUAUACAAUAUAGUGGCGAGUGGUUGUUAAAUAGCGGAUAAAGCAAACGGGUUCCCUUUAACCUCUCAUCAACCCUGAAGUUACGUCCAUAGCUGGUGAACUUAGUUUAGCAUUUAGCAGCUAAAGAUCCAGAUGUUUCCCUCACAAAACAGCUAAAAGAGAGUGAAUAUCGGAGGAACAUUUAUGUGAUGAGUGUGUCAUUCUGCUUGAUGCGGAGUUCUCCUGAAUAUAAUGCUGUUGUACCCCUUUGAGCUUUUGCCUUUCAUUUAUAUACUGUUUCUUCUUUGUACGUUUGUCAGGACUUGACAAAGACAAGCUCACUGGUUGGGCCACUAGAGGGCAGCGUUACACCUCCUGUGAGAUGUACAGUUUGUAUCCUCCAAUGUUUGCAUUCACAGUUGGCAGAAUAAUCACAGGUUUCUGUGUACUGUAUUUGUACUGGGAGAUAUAUAUUAAAUAGAAAAACAUAUGUUAAAUCUUAAAUACUUUACCUAUACAUUGCUUAAAGAAUACUAGCAUUUGUUGUGGGUUUAAAGAUGUCAAAAUUGAGUUGAAAUGACAAGUGUAGGAGCUGAAGUAGGUGUUGAAGUCAAAACACCAAAAGGAUUGAACGUAGGAGAUAAAGCUCUAGAAAAGCUGAAAUGUUUUUGAAGGACUUCGGCAGCCGAAGGAGCUGAAGGAGAGGCUGAGACACUUAAAAGUUCCUCAAGUUAGCGCUGAUAAAAUCUGAAGUGACAGUCGAAGCGUAAAGAAUUUAAGGCGGUGAAGUUGUCAGAAGUGAAGCUCUUAAAGGCGUUGCAGUGAAACAGUCGAAGCAAUGAAGUUGACUUAACUUAAAACUUAAAGUAUUUGAAGUUCAAGCACUUAAAGUAAUAACAUUUACUGUAAAGGAGUGGGAUGUCAUGAUUAUUGCUUUACUUGCCUCUUUUUAAAUAUAUUUAAAUAUUUUACCUACUGUUAAAUUGACUGCUCUUUUCUUUGUUCCUUUUUUUUUUUACUUUAAGCAGAUUUCUUUUAAUUACAGAUGUUUAGACACAGCAUGGUGGGGAGACAAACUGACAGUUGGGGUUUAAUGUCUUCAAAUAAUUGAAGUGGCAGUGAAAGCAACCGAA